UCACGGACGUCCCCAAAAUCGAAAUCCCUAGCCCUCUCGCUCUUCGUCCGCCGUUCCCUUUCCCUCCCUCCCGCAGCCGCGUACAACCGUUGAUACUGUGGAGUCCAUAGUGCUCUGAGGUGGGUUUUUUUUUUCAGUAGCCGGAUCGUUCGCCAUUAAUGGAUAUUGAAGAAGUUGUCAGAGAUGGCUCCCUUGUGUUGCUAAAGCAAGGAGCUGAGGCUAGGGUUUUUGAGUCGAAUUUUGUGGGGAGGAGGGCGGUGGUUAAAGAACGGUUCUCAAAGAAGUACAGGCACCCAACUCUAGAUGCUAAGCUAACCCUCAAGAGAUUGAAUGCUGAAGCUAGAUGCACGACGAAAGCAAGACGACUCGGAGUUUCCACUCCUUCUCUCUAUGCCGUGGAUACUGUACUGCACAGCUUAACAUUCGAGUUUGUCGACGGUCCUGCUGUGAAAGAUGUCCUCCUUGAAUUUGGAUCAAAUGGUAUAGUGGAAGAACGAUUGGACGAUAUUGCUAUGCAGAUUGGAGCUGCAAUUGCGAAACUACAUGAUGGCGGUCUUAUCCAUGGAGAUUUGACCACCUCAAACAUGCUAAUCAGGAAUGUUUCCAACCAAUUGGUUCUCAUUGAUUUUGGUCUGAGCUUUACAUCGACUCUUCCAGAGGAUAAAGCUGUUGACUUGUAUGUAUUGGAGCGAGCGUUGCUCUCAAUGCAUUCUUCUUGCGGGAAUGUGAUGGAUCGCAUACUUGCUGCAUACAGGAAAUCUUCAAAGCAGUGGUCAGCAACAUUCAAUAAGCUAGCUGAAGUUCGGCAGCGGGGUCGAAAACGCACCAUGGUUGGAUAAGCCAAGAAAUCUCCAUUGUCUACUUAUUCAUCUGCACAACGGAGAGAAGCAAGGUUCUCUGUGCAACUUAUUAUAUAAGUACCGCGAUGAGUUCGAGACUUGAUUAUUUUCUAAGAUCACUGUCGACAGUUGUUUCCAUUGAUGUUAUUACGCUUAUUAGGAGCCUUGUACAAUUUAGUAUCCGAAUUCAAGCCAAGCUGUCAUGAACUUCACUUGCCAAGUUGAGCACUUGAGCUUGCUAAGCUACGAUUUUCAGAAACGGGCCAAGCUCUAGGACUUUACGUGUCACUCUUUAUGUUGAACAAUUUGAUGACGAAACUCGAAAGUGAAGGAAUAUGCUAUGAUGGCUUGACGAAAGGAUCAUGGUUUCACUGUAAACUACGUGGUGCUGAUAAGCUACUGAUGAGAUAACC